GCAGAACAGGGAGGAGGGCUGUCAGGCAGCCAUUAGCAGGGACAGCUGGGCUAGGCAGCACUGAGAGCGAGAAGCAGCAGCUAAAGAAGUGAUCAGCCAUGGGGGAGACAGAUUGGUUCGGGAACAGGAAAGAACCAGCCAAGAGGAAGCCAAAGGCAUGACCCGACGAGUGGAGUCACAAAGCAGGCGAGCAGGAAGCUAAAGCAGGGAUUUCCCGAGAGCAAGAACAGUGGUUGUUCGUGGUACUAAUGAAUAGAGCAUUUAUAGCCUCCAAACUCAUGAGCUAUGAAUGGUGACCAAGUAGAAAGGUCCUAAUGGCCUCCAGAAAACAUGAAAGAAAAUUCUUUGCAAGUGCUACUGAUGCCAACCCAAAUUGGUUGAAAAAGGAACAUAAUGGUGAAUUUGAUAAGAAUUUGGCAGAACAUGAUGGUGAAGAAACAAAACUGAAUGAUCUCCAACAGACAGUCCAUAGCACAGAAAAUCCAUGUGAAAUAUAUUCCAAAUGUUCUGCUACAAGUGUACAUCUACCUGUGGGCCGGCAGUAUAAUCAUUUAAACCCAGUCUGUUCUGCCAUUCACAAGUGUACUGUCUGUGGGAAGCAGUUUUCUCGAAAGUCAGACUUGACAGUGCACCAGAGGAUUCACACGGGUGAGAGGCCAUACAAGUGUUCAUAUUGUGGAAAGGGCUUCUGCCAGGCAUCCAUGGUACGGAGACAUGAGAGAACUCAUACAGGUGAAAAACCCUAUCAGUGCUGUGACUGUGACAAGUCAUUUGCUCGUUCCACCUCCCUACUGAUCCACAGGACCAGGCACACUGGGGACAGGUCCUUAAGAUGCGACUGUGGACGAAUGUUUAUUAACAAGGCAUUCCUUCAAAAGCAUCGGCAGACUCAUAUGUAUCAGCCGCAUCCUUGCAAUAUUUGUGGUGAGGUCUUCAAAAACCAACUUGGUCUCAGGGUGCACAAGCGUAGCAAACACUCCGAGAAAUCCUAUAACUGCUCUGAAUGUGGAAAAUGCUUUGUACGUUUACACCUGUUAAAAAAGCACCUGAAAAAGCACAAUGAUGAUCAGCCUAAAGCGUUUCACACACAGAAAAGGAAAAUCACCUCUGAUUCUUUCUUUGUAAAACAGACUUCUCCUAUGCAUCUGGGGGAGAAAAAAAAGCUUAAACAUGAAGACUUCAAUAUCUCUCUGGACUGCUCUGUCUCUCCUAAACAUUCUGUUUGCCUUGAGUGUGGCAAGACAUUCAGCAACCCCACCGCUCUGCAGAAGCAUCAGUUGAUUCAUGGCAAAGGUUCUCUUAUUUGUGCAGAGUGCGGAAAAACCUUUGUUCGGAAGUCGGACUUGACCGUUCAUUUACGAAUUCAUUCAGGGGAAAGGCCUUACAGUUGUUCAUACUGUGGAAAAUGCUUUUGUCAAGCAUCCAUGUUAAGACGUCAUGAGAGAACACACACGGGGGAGAAGCCCUAUCAGUGCUCAGAGUGUGAAAAAUCCUUUGCACGCUCCACUUCUUUGCUCAUUCACAGGAAUUCUCACAUUACGGACAAGCCAUUUAAAUGCAAGUCUUGUGAUAUAACCUUCUCCAACACAACUCAACUUCGUCAGCACACCAAAACACACAGGUUUCCUAUAAAAGCCCCUUGUGAUAUGUGCAAUAAAUCAUGUGGCCAGGCUCAUGCUUGCGGCCUACAUGGUUCAGGGCAGUUGAGUGAAGAUCCUUUCCUCUGUUCUGACUGUGGAAGGACUUUUAACAGUGAUUUAGGAUUGCAGAGACACUUACUUACGCAUGCACAACAGCCCUUCCCCUGUAAGAUGUGCGGUGUUGUUUUUAAUAGCCGCUUUGAUUUUAGACUCCAUCAGCGCAGUCAUCCACCUGAUAGGCCCUUUAUCUGCUCUCAUUGUGGUAAGAGCUUUCCACGUUUAAACCUAUUACGUAUUCACCAGAACACCCACACUGGAAGCAGACCCUACGAGUGCUCCUUUUGCAAGAAGACAUUUUCAGAUCCCUCGACACUGCGGCAACAUCGGCAAAGGCACCAAGGGGUAAAACUGACUUUAUUUAAAGAUAAGGCUGUUCCUGUGAACCAGGAGAGUGCUAAUCCCUCCAUAAACACACAUGCCUGCCCUUCAGUAUGUCUUGAGUGUGGCAAGACUUUCAGCAAUCCUUCAGCAUUACAAAAACACCAGCAGUCUCAUGAGAAAGAAUCUCUUCUUUGUGCCGAGUGUGGAAAGAAUUUUGCUAGAAAAUCAGACCUAACAGUCCACUUGAGAAUCCAUACAGGCGAGAGGCCAUAUAAAUGUUCAUACUGUGGGAAGGGCUUCUGCCAAGCAUCAAUGGCGAGGCGACACGAAAGGACACACACUGGAGAGAAGCCAUAUCAGUGUUCUGACUGUGAAAAAUGCUUUUCUCGCUCCUCCUCUCUAUUGAUCCACAGGAACAAACAUAUUGAUGCCAAACCGUUUAAAUGUGUUUCCUGUGACCAGACUUUCUCAAAUGCAGGCCAAUUACACACUCACGUAAAGACUCAUGAAGAGUACGUAAAUAAUCCUGCAAAGAACAACCUCCCUAAUGAGAAAUGACAAAGUUCAUUAAAACACUUAGGGGCAGAUUCACUAACUUCGAGUGAAGGAUUCGAAUGAAAAAAAUUCGAAG